CCACCUCAGUCUCCCAAAGUGCUUGGAUUACAGGUGUGAGCCAUCAUGCCCAGCCUGUGAUUUUUGCUCACUUCAAUAAAAGAUCCAUGAACAUAUUUAAGAAGACAACAUUCUCAUCGUCUCAAAAGGUCCGAGGGCAUAGGCCCGACUGUGGAGCUCUCGCCAGGGACCCCGGCCUUCUCUACCCAGCACUUCUCUGUCCCCUUCCCUGCAUCAGUUACCGACAUUCCCAAGAUAUGAAACUAACCAUGAAGAAAAAUAUUGUCAAUACACAACAGUCCUUUGUAAACAUGCCCAAUGUGAUUGUACCAGAUAUUGAAAAGGAAAUAAGAAAGAUGGAAAAUGGAGCAUGCAGCUCCUUUUCUGAGGAUGAUGACAGUGCCUCUAUAUCUGAAGAAUCAGAGAAUGAAAACCAUCAUGCAAGGGGUUCCUUUAGUUAUAAGUCACACAGAAAGGGAGGACCAUCACAGAGAGAGCAGUACCUGCCUGGUGCCAUUGCACUUUUUAAUGUGAACAACAGCAGCAAUAAGGACCAAGAACCAGAAGAAAAAAAGAAAAAGAAAAAAGCAAAGAAGAGCAAGUCAGAUGAUAAAAACGAAAAUAAAAAGGACCUAGAGAAGAAAAAGAAGAAAAAGGACAAAGAGAAGAAAAAAAAAGAGGAGAAAAGCAAAGAUAAGAAAGAAGAGGAGAAGAAAGAAGUUGUGGUUAUUGAUCCUUCGGGAAACACAUAUUACAACUGGCUGUUUUGCAUCACCUUACCUGUUAUGUACAACUGGACAAUGGUUAUUGCCAGAGCAUGUUUUGAUGAACUUCAAUCUGAUUACCUAGAAUAUUGGCUCAUUUUAGAUUACGUAUCAGACAUAGUCUAUUUAAUUGAUAUGUUUGUACGAACAAGGACAGGUUACCUAGAACAAGGACUGCUGGUAAAGGAAGAACUUAAACUCAUAAAUAAAUAUAAAUCCAACUUACAAUUUAAACUUGAUGUUCUGUCACUGAUACCAACUGAUUUGCUGUAUUUUAAGUUAGGGUGGAACUAUCCAGAAAUUAGAUUAAACAGGUUAUUACGAAUCUCUCGUAUGUUUGAGUUCUUCCAGAGAACAGAAACAAGGACAAACUAUCCAAACAUCUUCAGGAUUUCCAACCUUGUUAUGUACAUCGUCAUCAUUAUCCACUGGAAUGCAUGUGUGUACUACUCUAUUUCUAAAGCUAUUGGAUUUGGAAAUGAUACAUGGGUCUACCCUGAUACUAAUGAUCCUGAAUUUGGCCGUUUGGCUAGAAAAUACGUAUACAGCCUUUACUGGUCUACACUGACUUUGACUACCAUUGGUGAAACACCCCCUCCUGUGAGGGAUUCUGAGUAUGUCUUUGUGGUGGUUGAUUUCCUAAUUGGAGUGCUAAUUUUUGCUACCAUCGUUGGUAACAUAGGUUCUAUGAUUUCCAACAUGAAUGCGGCCAGAGCAGAAUUUCAAGCAAGAAUUGAUGCUAUCAAGCAAUAUAUGCAUUUUCGAAAUGUAAGCAAAGAUAUGGAAAAGAGGGUUAUUAAAUGGUUUGACUACCUGUGGACCAACAAAAAAACAGUUGAUGAGAAAGAAGUCUUAAAGUAUCUACCUGAUAAACUAAGAGCAGAAAUUGCCAUCAAUGUUCACUUAGACACAUUAAAAAAGGUACGCAUUUUUGCUGAUUGUGAAGCUGGUCUGUUGGUGGAGUUGGUCUUGAAAUUGCAACCCCAAGUCUACAGUCCUGGAGAUUAUAUUUGCAAGAAAGGGGAUAUUGGACGAGAGAUGUACAUUAUCAAGGAAGGCAAACUCGCUGUGGUGGCAGAUGAUGGAGUCACUCAGUUUGUGGUAUUGAGCGACGGCAGCUACUUUGGUGAGAUCAGCAUUCUUAAUAUUAAAGGGAGCAAAGCCGGCAAUCGAAGAACUGCCAAUAUUAAAAGUAUUGGCUACUCAGACCUGUUCUGUCUCUCAAAAGAUGACCUCAUGGAAGCUCUAACUGAGUAUCCAGAUGCCAAAACUAUGCUGGAAGAGAAAGGGAAGCAGAUUUUAAUGAAAGAUGGUCUACUGGAUCUAAACAUUGCAAAUGCUGGCAGUGAUCCUAAAGAUCUUGAAGAGAAAGUUACUCGAAUGGAGGGGUCAGUAGACCUCCUGCAAACAAGGUUUGCCCGAAUCUUGGCUGAGUAUGAGUCCAUGCAGCAGAAACUGAAACAAAGAUUAACCAAGGUUGAGAAAUUUCUGAAACCGCUUAUUGACACAGAAUUUUCAAGUAUUGAGGGACCUGGAGUAGAAAGUGGGCCCAUUGACUCUACAUAGAACUGAAAAGCUGGUCAUUGACAGGGACACUCCUCAUGAUCCUUCUGAUCUUGUGACUGACAUCAAAUAAAACUUAAAAAAAGAGGAAGACUCAGUUCGGAAAUUUUUCCAUGAGGAAAAUGUGCUUUGGUGCAAGGUACAAGGCCCACACCCUCUCUGAGAGAUACUAUGAUUAAAAAAGCUUUAUAUCUUGGGAUUUUUCACAACUGAUAAUGUGCAAAGAUAUAAACUGAUUAACUUGUCAAUGGCUGUAUCUUCUGAUUUUUUUCACAUAUGCUCAUUUUAUGUAAUAAUCUUCAUAAAAAUGAAUAAGUAUCCCUCACUUUCAUGCCAUUUCCAUUGUUGAGUGAAGUGUAUUUGAAGUAACUGAGAAUUACCAUGUACAUCAUGUUUGGGAUAACAUUUUAAAAAAUUAGACUGCAAUAAAGUAAAAUUAAUUAUG